GGGAGUGUGUGUGCGAGAGAGAAAGAGAGAAAAAGAGAGAGAGAGGGGGGGGGAGAGAGUGUACGUGUGAGAGAGAAAUACACAGUGUGUGCGUGUAAGAGAGAGAUACAUAGUGUGAGUGGUGAGAGAGAGAGAGAGAGAGAGCGAGAGCUUGCACUACUAUGGCGCUCGCGCAGAUUUGGCGGUGGGAAAGCGCGAGCACAAUAUUGGCACCGCUCUCGCGCCAGGUUUGUCAGGAACACGACAGCGGAAAGUCUUCUCUGUUUUUACUUUAAACCGGAAAUAAGCGACAGCCGGUGAGACGUUGCAAGGCAAGAAGGGAAGGAAGGAAGCCGCUGAGUUCGGAGAAGGAACAGGAGAAAGAGGGAUCGGUUACAAAGUUGCACUGACUGACGGUAUAAAAAAAAAAAAAAAAAAAAAAAAAAAGCGUUGACACGAUAAUGGCAGAAAGAAACGCUACGGAGCGCGCGAGCUGAACCGUGCGCCUUUUCACGCGACCGCCUCGCGCUUUCGCUCGGUUUAUUUCUUUACCGGUUCGGGUUUGUUCAACGCGCGACCAUGCCUGCGAAGACCAAGUACAAUUUAGUGGACGACGGACACGACUUGCGGAUUCCUCUACACAACGAGGAGGCAUUCCAGCACGGGAUUCAUUUCGAGGCGAAGUACAUUGGGAGCCUGGAUGUCGCGCGACCCAACAGCCGUGUGGAAAUAGUAGCUGCCAUGAGACGGAUCCGGUAUGAAUUUAAAGUGAAGAACAUCAAGAAGAAGAAAGUCAACAUUAUGGUCUCUGUGGAUGGAGUGAAAAUCGUGCUGCGUAAAAAGAAAAAGAAAAAAGAAUGGAUGUGGGACGAGAGCAAGAUGAUGGUGAUGCAGGACCCCAUUUACAGGAUCUUCUACGUGUCACACGAUUCGCAAGAUCUGAAGAUCUUCAGUUAUAUCGCUCGAGAUGGACAGAGCAACGUGUUCAGAUGCAACGUCUUCAAAUCCAAGAAGAAGAGCCAGGCCAUGCGGAUCGUGCGGACGGUGGGUCAAGCGUUCGAGGUGUGUCACAAACUCAGCCUGCAGCACACACAGCAGAACGCAGACGGCCAGGAGGACGCUGACAGCCCCAAGACCUGCGCAGACUCUGGCCUACAUGAUCGGGAGUUAACUGGAGCUGAGAAGACGCUGGCAGAAGAGACGGACAUCGACGCAGAGGAGUUGCCACUCCCUGACAGCACAGUGGACGAGUUCAGCCGAGGAGUCACUGACCUGGAUGCUGCUAAGAAUGACGAUGAGGAUCUGACAGACCAAAAGCUUUGUGAAGAUGCCUCCAUCCUGCUGGCUUCUCCAAAGAUGCUGCUUCCAUCGUGCAGCGAGUUGGCAGCCAACACGCCGCUCUCCAUGCACCACCAGCUCCAACUCCUCCAGCAGCAGCUCAGCCAGCAGCAGCAGCAGACCCAAGUGGCUGUAGCUCAGGUUCACCUGCUGAAGGACCAGCUCUCUGCAGAAGCAGCAGCCAGGAUAGAAGCUCAGGCUCGAGUGCACCAGCUGCUGCUGCAGAAUAAAGACCUUCUGCAACACAUCUCACUGCUGGUCAAACAGAUCCAGGAGCUAGAGCUCAAACUGACCGGCAACGGCUCCAUGGGAUCUCAGGACAGUCUACUGGAGAUCACUUUCCGAGCCAACGUGCCCCCGAUCAUCUGUGACGUUAUGACGCCACGCCCCGAAGACAUGGUCCUGCCACCGCUGAACGAUGGCACGCAGCUCGCUCUGCCCCUGAGCAGUCCUUUAGGUAGGGACCAAAGUCUGGCUAAGUUUGAGUGUUUCCGUUUUCUCCCUGGACCGCCUCAACAGGAGCAGAGCCCCGCCCCCUCCCAGGAGGUAUCGCCCUCAUCCCGGGAUGAGCUGCUGGGGAGCCUGGAGCUGCUCAAGUUCCGUGAGUCGGGCAUCGCCUCGGAGUACGAGUCCAACACGGACGAGAGCGAUGAGCGGGAUAGCUGGGGGCCGCAGGACGACAGCAGUCUGCGUCUGCUCAAUGUGCUCAACCAACACGGUCCCUCUGACUGCCUGGACGAUGAAAUCGCUGUUUAGGCUCGGGACGUGCUAAUGGCUAAAGCUAAGUGUGCUAACUGCUCAUAUGUGUCAUAAACCGCUAUUCUCACUGCUGAUUCUCCGAGACUAAAGCAGGUGGCAGG